AUUUGAAAUCCCCCAAUAAAUCUUCUCGUCUUCUUCCUAUCUCUACCAAUAAGAAGAAGCCAAGAAAGUUGAGUUCUUGCCACCGUUUCCGAUUCACCGGAAACCAUGAAAAACACCCCAACAACGCCGACAACAUCCUCGAAUUCGUCAUCUACCACCGUGGAAUCUGAGGCCAGAGAGAGCUGUUAUUUCCCGGGAUGUAGGAAAGACGCCAACUGCAACUGCCGCAUAUGCAUCGCCAGCAUGAGCGCCGCCUUCGAUUUGAUGACGGAAAACGUCCAGAGAAGCACUCUCACUAAGAUCUCCGCCGUGAAACGCCGCCACCUCCCGAGAAGCCCUGUUCGGUUCAACUCUUCCAGCUUUUCAACCCCCGAUUCCUGUUCGGGUAAAUCCGGGUCCUUUUCCUUGGAAUUGGACUCGGGUUCCGGGUUGAGAGUUCAUGAUACAAAGAAGAUGAAGGAGAAGAGUUUAGGGUUUGGGGUUCUGAUGAUGAGGCUUCUGUUUGGAUUGGGAUUGGUUCUCUGGUUUGAAUUUGGGGUUUCUCCGAUGCUUUUUGGGAUUUUGGGUCCUGAACUUUCGCCCGAAUUCGUUACGAAUCUGGGAGAAAAAUCUCUGGGCUUUAAUGAUUUCAAGGAAAGAUUGAAUUUUUUAAAGAGUGAAAUGCAAAGCUUGGUUGAGGAAGAGGUAUCAAAUUGCAGCUCUGCUAAUUCCAUGUGGAAGGUUGAUCAGGAGGGGUUGAUUUUGAAUUCAAGAUGUACCUUGUACAAGUCCCUCACUGAGGAAGUGGCCAUUUGGGGAUGGCCACUUCAGACUGCUGGAUUUCUCACUGCAGCAUAUUGCUCAAGAUCUUUCACUCUCUUAUCAGGAAGAUUGACAGAGUGGAAGAAUGGAGAAAUGGGGUAUUCGAUUCGAAGCGUUAACAGUUCGUGGACACAAGGAAGAUGGAGUUCAUCAGCAGUUCAGCUAGAUCCCAACACAUGGGUUCUGGAAUACAGUGAGUUCCCUAUAAGGGAAAAUACAAAACUGGUUUCUGCAUUUCUUGAAUUUCUCAAGUUCAAGAUUGCAAAAGUGUUGAAAAGGUUAGAAAGAAAGUUUUGGCUUUCAUCUCUUGUCACGCGUAGCCAUGUCCAUGAUCUCGGAGCACGGAGUUUCAGAGUCCCAACUUAGGCCUCGUUUUCAUACUUAGUCCCUAAUUAUAAGACAUUUCAUAAAAAGUCCUAAAUAUC